CACGAUCUACCAACUUCUGUUUGUCUUGUGCAGCGCUGCUGAUUGAAAUAGCUAAUUUAUACGAACAAUUGUGGAAUUUUCCCAAUUGUAUUGGAGCUUUAGAUGGCAAGCAUAUCGACAUUGAACAACCUGCAUCAGCUGGCAGUUUUUUUUUGUCGUAUAAGAAGAAACAUACUUUUACACUAAUGGCUAUUGCUGAUGCAAAAAAAAGUUUUGUUUGGUACAAUAUAGGAGACUUUAGCUCUCUAAAUGAUGCCAGUGUAUUCUCUGAUACAGAUUUUGCUUCUCAAUUAGCAAAUGACGAGUUAGAUAUUCCUCCAUCAAGGCCACUACCGAACACAGAUAUAGAAAUGCCUUUCAUGUUUAUAGCCGAUGAAAUUUUUGCAUUGAGCAAACAUCUUAUGAAGUCUUUUAGUAAAUCUGGAGAAUUGGCAGUAGAAGAAAAGGUUUUUAAUUACAGAUUGAAAAGAGCCAGAUUAUGUAUAGAAUGUGCUUUUGGAAUGAUAGUAAAAAAGUAUCAAAUUUGGCAACAGAAAUUAAAAUUUGAUUUAACAACUAGUCAUUUUAUAGUCGCUACAAUCAUAUGUUUGCAUAAUUUCCUGAUUACAAGUGCAGAGAAUAAUAUGGAUGAUGUAAAUGAAGAAGUUGUAGAAGGUAACAAUCAGAACGAAGAGAAUCAGAAUCUGCGAUUGACACCUGUACAACAAAGACAGCUAUUAACAGCCUAUUUCUCUUCAGAUGCUGGCUCAGUUGAUUGGCAAUUAGACUAUAUUUAAAGUGGUUUGAAUGUUACUAGAAGCUCGUGGUGAUUUGCUGAACUACCAACAAAAGAACAAAAUUAACGAAAACUUUCAAAUACUAUUUAUUGUUUAUAGUUAGAUAGGUGAGCGAUAGAUAAUAUUGUAAGGGUGUUAUAUCAAUAAAUUUUAUAAAGAAUUUUGUAAAAGGACUUGUUGAAAAAUAAAAAAAUUACUUUUAUGUGCUUGAAACAUACAUCUAUUGAUACAUUUUUGUCACUAUUGAUACAGUUAUUUGUUUACAAAUAAAAUACUAGUUUUGGAAAUAUUGAACAAUAAAUAAUAAUGAUAGAUGUUAAAUAAUAAUGAUAAUGUUGUGUUAAGUAUAAUUACAAGUAUAGUAUGAAAUGAACAAGGAUUA